AUGUCGACAGGUCAAAAUCAAAAAUACAAACCAAUUCCCUUCGUUGAAAACCUAGAAGAUUACAAACCUGGCGGUUUCCAUCCAGUCCAUAUUGGCGACCGACUCAAAGAAAAUAGAUACUGCAUCAUCAAUAAACUCGGCCAUGGCUGCUUCUCGACUGUCUGGCUUGCCGAAGAUGCUUUGAAGAAGACAUGCGUCGCCGUUUCUAUUUCACAAGCCCAGCUCUCACAAAUUCCAUCGGGGAAUGAAUCAUCUCACGAAGACACCCGGAAAACAAUCCGUAUGCUCCAGCAUUUGGCAGAAGGCAAAGAGACUGACUACCGUGGAUCAAAUGUACUACUUCCGUUGGACAUCUUCGAACUGAGCGGGCCUAAUGGAGCUCAUUUUUGCAUCGUUACACACUUGCAAGGCCAGAGUCUAGCAAUGGUCACGAAACGGGAUCUUGGAAAAUUGAGUGAAACGUUGCCAUUACCAAAAGCGAAACGAGCUAUUAUGAGCCUCUUGACAGGUUUUGCUUACAUACAUAGUAGAGGAAUUUGUCAUGGAGAUCUACAUCCUGGCAAUCUUCUUCUUGACCUGCCUGAAGAAGUUACCCAGUCUCUAGAAAGAAUCAACGCUAUCUGUGGAUCACCACGAACUGUACCAAUUGAACGACUUGAUAACAACCCUUUGGAGUCUAAUGUCCCCAAGUAUGGCGUCGAAGCAGCUCUCGGCAAACUAUCCGACCUCACUCUAUACUCCGGGGACUUGAAAGUCGCAGACUUUGGCUGUGGCUAUUUUGCAAAUGACCCUCCCAAGGAAAUCGACUUUUUGGGUCCCUAUAUUGUGCCGGAGCAGUACUGCACAGGUCAGAUUGGAACUGCUAGCGAUGUCUGGACGGUGGGCUGUGCUAUUUGGCUGCUUCUCUCGGGACGGGACAUGUUUGGCACAGUUGAUGAUCCUACUGCGAAGGUCUUUUUGGUCAUGACAGAGACACUCGGCAUGCCUCCGGAAUUCAUUUUGCAAAGUUGGAGGGAGAAAUUGCCGGGUAUGGAAUUACAGGCUUAUCUCAGUCCUUCGGUUUCGUUAGCCCAGAGAAUCCAAGAGCUUCGAUUCGGUAAUGAAAAGCGAUGGAUGAAAAGUCGAAUAGACGAGUUUUCCGAUGAAGAUAUCACCCUUCUAACUGGCUUGCUGACUUUGAUUUUCAAAUAUGAUCCUACUGAGCGGCCAACAAUGGAAGUUAUCCUACGACACCCCGCUACGGCUCUUUUUAGCAGUGCUGACUGA